UUUUCUCUUCCCUCUAGUUCUUCACUUUUGCCUAAAAUGGCCAAGCAAAAUUCUCCCUCACUGGUUGAAGUUGUAAAAGAAGUUGCAGAGCGGCAGCAUUUGCAGGCAUCGGAGAUAGAAAAAAGCAAAACAGUUCUUUGCCAAUUGCAGGCAAAGUUUCAGGAACUAGAAAAGGAAAUGAAUUCUAUUCUGUUAGAACAAAAGACAACAGAAAAGGAAAUACAUCUGCAAGAUGAUGCCAUAGAAGUGACAAAAUAUCACUGUGAAAAUCUGGAGGCCCAAGUCAGAGCCCAGUAUUCUGAAAAUUUAAAGCUGAGGUGUGAUGCAGAAACAGUGCAAGAAGAAUUUGAGAUGAUACUUGCAAGAAAUAAUGAAUAUCGGGAAAAAAUAAAGAAUCAUAAACAUCUCUUUUGGGAGAUGGAUAAUAAAAUGCCAGUUAUGAUUGAGCUUGCUAAAAAGAAGGCUAUUGUUGAAGAAUUAAAGACAAAGAAAGAGGAGUUAAUGCAUGAUCUCCAGAAUCCAGAAGGAUCUGUAAUAAAACAAGUACAGGAAGAAAUUACACUUCUAAAAAGUGAAAUCACAACAUUGAAAGAUUUCAUCAAUCAAAAAACAGAUUUGCUGGAAGAAGAGAAAAAAAAGCAUGCUAAGCUUAGAAAAGAAAUUGAGGUACAGAAUAAAAGAUAUGAUGCUAUUUUAAAACGUUUGCAUUGCCAACUGAACAAAGUCCAUUCAAAUAAAAGACAAUGGCACUGGAACAUUCAGCAGUUGGAGAAGAAGGCAACAGAACUAAGAAAGUGUCUUGGAGUAGUGGAGUUACAAAAUAUCAUGUAACAAACAUAACAAAGCUAGAAUGUAGGUAAUCUUUUCCAGGCAGGGGAGGCUUUUUUUCUGGAAAUACUACAACUCUUAAAUAGCAUGGUAACUGGGCCAGACCUCAUUGAUUUCUUUCUUUUUAAAGUUUUUUGCACUUUCAUUUUCUAGACUAAACUAAAAUGGUUUUUUGUUUGGUUGGGCUUUUUCGGUUUUGGGAGUUUUGU